UGGCUCGCUUCCUCCAUCCAUGCUCAGUCGUUUUCCUAUGUGGAGGCUGCAAGAUGGCUCUCAACGUGCGUCUUUUCCUGCCCACUCUGCUUUUGAUUGCAGCUCACGUCAUUCUCAGCAGCCUUGCUCAAGAGACGGAUGUGUCUGAAGCAUGGACCAGCAAGUCAUGCAAAUGCAACUGUGAAGAAGGUGUGUCACCAACUCAGUACUCCUUCACUGGCUCCUCUUCAGUGAGAGGAGUGGACUGCAUGCCAGAGUGUCCGUACCACAAGCCUUUAGGCUUCGAGGCUGGAUCGGUGAGUCCGGACCAGAUCACCUGCUCCAAUGAGGACCAGUAUAGCGGAUGGUUCUCCUCUUGGCUCCCAAGCAAGGCCCGUCUCAACAGCCAAGGAUUUGGCUGUGCGUGGCUCUCCAAGUUCCAAGACAACAGCCAGUGGUUGCAGAUUGACCUGAGAGAGGCCAUGGUGGUCUCCGGGAUCCUCACCCAAGGUCGCUGCGACGUCGACGAAUGGGUGACCAAGUACAGUGUGCAGUACCGAACGGACGAAAAACUCAACUGGAUCUUUUACAAGGACCAGACUGGGAAUAACAGGGUGUUUUAUGGAAACUCGGACCGCUCCUCGUCAGUGCAGAACCUCCUGCGGCCGCCCAUCGUGGCGCGCUACAUCCGCAUCCUCCCACUGGGAUGGCACACACGCAUCGCGCUACGUCUGGAGCUGCUGCUCUGCAUGAACAAAUGUGCCUGAGCCUCCACUUGUGCGCUCCUCCAAGCCUUUACCUCCAACCUCCUCUGUCCAAACCCUCUCAGCGUAUGUGUUUAUUUUCAACCUUUCCAUCAUAGUUGUGUAGCGGUCAUUCCAGGAUUGGAGGACAAUGUAGGCACCAAUAUUUUGGAAUACCAAUCUAUCAAUCAUUCUAUCUAUCAUUCGAUUUAUCGAUCCAUCGACAGUAUCUAUCUCGAUCUAUAUAUCCAGUCUAUUAUUUUAUUUGUUUAUUUAUUUUCAAGAAAAAAUAUUAAUAAAUCACCAUAUGAUUUUAUUAUCGUCCGGCUAGACUCGCAAAAGUAAGCUUUUAAUUAGAUACUUCAUUUGCCAUAUUUUUUUAUUCUAUUUUUUGUUGAA